CUCUCUUUAUAAGAACAUAAAAAAGAAGAGCACUUGCAUAUUACUAAGCAUACGCUUGCGAGAACAACGAAAUAUUGCAUCCGCCACCGUCGACCUUGCCUCCGCCGCCGUCACUGCCUAUUGACCACGCUCAGUUAUCCAAAACUUCACUUCUCAGGAAUGGAAAUCAAUUUGGGGAAACUUGCAUUUGACAUUGAUUUUCAUCCGUCCGAUAAUCUUGUUGCUACAGGACUCAUAGAUGGUGACCUUCACUUUGAAUCAUGUGUCCUGCAGGUACCGUUAUAGCUCUGAUAAUACUAAUAGCGACCCAGUGAGGCUGUUGGAAAUUCAUGCCCACACCGAGUCUUGCAGAGCUGCUCGAUUCAUCAACGGCGGACGUGCGCUGUUGACGGGUUCUCCAGAUUUCUCGAUACUGGCUACAGAUGUGGAAACUGGAUCUACCAUUGCCCGACUUGAUAAUGCCCAUGAGGCUGCAGUCAAUAGAUUGGUAAACUUGACCGAGUCAACCGUUGCUUCUGGAGAUGAUGAUGGUUGUAUUAAGGUUUGGGAUACAAGAGAACGUUCUUGCUGCAAUUCAUUUGAAGCCCAUGAGGAUUACAUUUCAGAUAUAACUUUUGCAUCUGAUGCAAUGAAACUAUUGGCCACAAGUGGAGACGGGACUCUUUCCGUUUGCAAUCUUCGAAGAAAUAAAGUCCAAGCCCAAUCUGAAUUCUCUGAAGAUGAGCUAUUGUCUGUUGUUUUAAUGAAGAAUGGUAGGAAAGUUGUGUGUGGAUCACAAACUGGAAUCAUGCUAUUGUAUUCAUGGGGAUGCUUCAAGGAUUGCAGUGAUCGAUUCGUUGAUCUCUCUUCAAACUCUAUUGAUACCAUGUUAAAGCUUGAUGAAGAUAGGAUUAUUACUGGAUCAGAGAAUGGGAUGAUCAACUUGGUUGGGAUAUUACCAAACAGAGUCAUUCAGCCAGUUGCCGAGCAUUCUGAAUAUCCUGUUGAGCGUCUUGCAUUCUCUCAUGAUAGAAAGUUUCUUGGAAGUAUUGCACACGAUCAAAUGUUAAAGCUAUGGGACUUGGAUAAUAUACUGCAAGGUUCAAGAAAUACUCAAAGAAAUGAAAACGGAGGGGUUGACAAUGAUGUCGACAGUGACAAUGAAGAUGAGAUGGAUGUCGAUAACAACACUUCUAAGUUUACUAAAGGGAACAAGAGAAAGAAUGCAAGUAAGGGGCACGCUGCAGGUGAUUCAAACAACUUCUUUGCAGAUUUAUAGGAGAUUAUGGCUGCAACUUUUUCCACAACCUCAAGUUUAACGUGCCUGUUCACAAAAUCUAUUCUUAAAUUCAGCACCUUGUCUCGGAGAUACAUUGUGGUAGCAUCAACCCUACCCAAAAUCAUCACAGCCACAUUUGCCAUAAACAAGAACUUCUCCAACAGUUUUGAUAGCCAAGCUUAGUUUCUCAAUUACUCGUUUAUAUUUUGAUUUCCAAAAGUAAUGAUAAUAUGUUUUUUUUUUUUUUUUAAAGAUUUUGGAAGAUAUAGUUGAUAUUUGUUGUUUA